UUCGUGAACGCCGAAGUCGACGCACGCCUCUCGUUUUCGCGCGCUUCGCACACAUUUCGUAGAGCAACAGCGAAUAUCUUUCUGUUAUAUUAAUAGAAUUCACAAACACACACACACACGCACACACUCACACAAAACCAAGCCAUAUUGAAAGUGACACACACACGCUAGUAAAUUGAAAUUGAUAACAAAAUAUAAUUAUCAAAAGUGUAUAUUAAUUAUAUUAAAUUAUUCGAAACGAGUGUAACAUCUGUAAAAUGGUGUAAAAGAUGCGCAAUUUGUUUGCUGGAAUUAAAAAUGUAAAUAAGCUUAUCAAUUUGUUGUUAACUAACUAAAGCGUAUAAGCAACGUGUUGCCAAACAACACAAACUACAACAACAACAACACGUCAGCUUAUCCUUGUUUCUUUCUUUAAUAUUUAUUUCGUCAUGCUUUACGCUUUAAGCUGUCUUAGUCACACGCGCGCGGUUUAACGGUUAAACACGGCCUACGACAACAAACAAACCAACAAACAAACAACAACAACAACAUUAAACCCCACGUGCACGUGGCUAAAACUAAGCCACAAUUUAAUUAGUAAAAGCAAAAGGCAUAUCAAUACAAAAUUUAAACAAAAGAUAGAAAACGACCACAAAAACCAAAACAAUAUUUUGGAAUAUUUUACAUAAAACAAACAUAUGGGACUAACGAAGAGACGAAAAAUCAACAUAAUUACAACGACAGCCACAAGAUGAUUGAAAUCGAAAUCAAAUAAAUGAAUAUGUUGGCAUUGUAUGCAAAUUGCGGGUAACCAAAAUCCAUUGGGGUAACCACGUCAUCACAACUAGAACACUCAUACGCAGUGUAGGACAUGGCACGUCUAUUUGUCUAGCAGCAAAACAAAUAGUUCAUAUGUAUAUCAACACAUGCAUAUAGAUAUACACACUCACACACACACACACAUUUACAUGCGAACCAAAAGUGGCAGUGGCAACAACGGAACCAGGCCACAAACGAGUCGAGUCGAGUCGAAUCGAGUUGCGUUGAGACGUUGCACAGUCAACGGAAGCGGAGGAACAAGGACAUUUAAGCCAGCUUUGUGUGUGCGUCAAGGACAUUUAAGCGCUGGCAACAACAACAACAACAACAGCUGUGGCAGUGGCAACUUAUAAAAUAAACAUCAAUCAAGUGGCAAGAAAUAUUUAGCAAAUUCCCCCAUGUAGUUCCUCUGCAAUAAUCAUAAGUAGUUGGAAGCAGCAGAAUAACUGGCAGAUCAAAAAGGAUACAAAGGACAUACACACACGCACACACACUUCAAUUGGAAAGCAUGGCGCGACGCAAGGGCAGCGGACGUGGAAAAUCCACAGUGAAUUCGCGUAAAAAUGCUUUGGAAACGUCACGCGAAAAAUUAAAAGAUGAGCCCGUGUCAAACACAUCGCAGGCGAGUAAAUUUGAUGAUACUAUGGAAAAUGCAACAACAAACACAGCGAAGCAUUAUAAAACAGCAGCAACAAACAGCAAACAAUACAAGAACAACAACAAAGUGAGCAGCACGCGUCGUGCAACAGCAGCAGCGGCAGCCGCGUCAGCAGCAGCGGCAGCAACAACAACAGCAGCAAAAACUAAGAAAGAAACAUAUCGCAGCAGCAACGAAAUUGCAGCAACAGCAACACCGAAAUCAAACAAAGUCAACAACAAAACAACAGCAGCAACAAUUACAACUACAGCAGCCGCAGCAGCAGCAGCAGCAGCAGCAACAACAGCGACAACAACAGUAACAACAGCAAUCAGUACAAGCACUCAAGAGUUGUCAGCUCAAGUUGUCGAGAGCAACAGCAGCAACAUCAACAAUAAUAACAACAACAAUAACAACAACAACAACAACCACCACAGUGAUAAUAGUAUUAGUGAGAAUAAUUAUGAAUUUAAGGCUAGAGAUAAAGCGAACAUAAGUGAUAGCAAAAUGACGCUACAGCAUGUGGCAAGUAACGCAUCGGGCCCAGUUGCCACAACAACCACAACGAAUCAUGUGGUGCCAGUCAAUGCGACGGCAACAGUCAGCGAUGAAGCAACCGCAGCUGCAACAAUUGUCGAUUGGGCAAAUACAACAACAAAUUUGCGAUAUUUGCACAAGAAAUUCAAGCGGUUGGCAAGCACCACCGAAGCAGAGGCUGUUGAUGUGGUGCGCACCACAUCCUUGUCAUCUAAUAGCUCCAUAUCGCCACCACCACCAGCAGCAGCAACAACAACAAUUGCAGCAGCGGCAGCAACAACAGUUGUGCCAGUGUCGAUGUCAUUGGCGGUGCCAUUGCUCAAUGGUCAUGUGACGACGACAAAUGAAUUCAGUGCCAAUUUUAUAAAUGAAGAGAGCAACAACAACAACAACAGCAGCAGCAGUAAAAAUGUUGCUGGUGCGCCAAGAACGCGUACACCGCUCAGCAACAACAACAGCAACAGUAACUAUGCCAGCAAUGCAACAUUAUCGCCAGCAACAUUCGCACAGCAUCAGCAAUCAACGCAGCCAACAACAUCAACAACAGCAGCAGCAGCAGCAGCAGCAACAACAACUGUUACCGCAACAGCAACACUGCAAAUACAGCCGCAACAAGCUGCUGCAACUGCAACAACAUCAGCAACCACAACAACACCUGCCGAGAAACCGGGACGUUAUAUAUGUCCCUAUUGCAAUAUGCCAUGUGCCAAGCCAUCGGUGUUGCAGAAGCACAUACGUGCGCAUACAAACGAACGCCCGUAUCCCUGUGACACCUGUGGCAUUGCCUUCAAAACGAAGAGCAAUCUCUAUAAACACUGCCGUUCCCGUUCCCAUGCGGCACGAAUGCGGGGCAUCGAUGUGCCCGCCCAUGAGGCGGAUGGUCUGUCCGAUCAGGAUGGCGAUGGUGAACUGAGCAACAGCAGUUCCGAGCUCCUAAGUGUGGAAAUUCUGAGUCGUGCGGAGUCGCCUUAUGAUGAGCCCAUGCCAUCGCCAACGCCAUCUCCCUCAACAUUGUCGGCGGCGAAGAGCGCGUACCUGCAACAGCCGCCGUUGCCGCAGCAUAUGCAACAGUUGCCGCUGGGUUCGCCGGCAGCAGGCACAUUGCCGCCGCCAACGGCAGAUACGUUGCACUCGGCAACGGCGCAACAUCGGCAAUCGAUUGAUUACAAGCCAUAUAAGCCCAAGUUUCAUAAUGCAGCGCUUUAUGCGCCUGGCAGCAGCAGCAAGGAGCAGCAAGUUCAACUGCAGGUGCUGCAACAGCAACAGCAGGCAUUACAGCAGCAGCAGCAACAACAGCAACAACAACAGCAGCAACAUCAACAGCAGAAGCUGGCGUCGCAGCAACCAACAUUGGCACAUCCAACACUCUCGCCGAGCACCCAGUUGAAGCUCAACAAUCACAUCAACUCACAUCAGAUGCAACUGCAGCUACAACAUCAGCAUCAGCAGCACCAGCAGCAACAACAGCUACACGCACAGCAAUCAUUGCUGCUAGCGGCAGCUGCUAAUCCAGCGGCAUUGACGGGACUACCACCACCACCGACCAUGCCCACAAGUGUCUACUACUUGGGGCAGCCGCAGUACUUUAACCCAGCUACCGCAGCGUUGCAUCAUCAGGCGUUAGCUUUUCAGCAAAUGCAGUUCCAGCAACACUUCCAGCUUCAGCAGCAGCACCAACAACAGCAGCAGCAGCAGCAGCAGCAACACCAGCAACAGCAACACUCGCCGCUGCUGAAGGCGCCUACGCAUCCACCGCAACCACAGCCACAACCACAACCACAGCUGCAACCACUACCACCACAGCCAUUGCCACAACCUCAGCAGCUGGUGCGUUCAAACAGUCAACAGGCGUCGAUAACAGCAACAACCGCCGCCGUGUUGCCAGCCCCUGCCACGCCCACGCCUCCAGCCAACUUGAGCAGCUUUGCCAGCGCCAGCGGUGGCAUGCAAGUGAAUGUGGAGAAGGUGCAGGAGCACAUCUCGAAAUUGAUCUCACAGAACGAGGCCAUAGUGGAGAAUAAGGAGAUAUUGUUGCAGAAAAAGUAUCCCAAGCAGUUGAAUCGUUCGCGCAGCUUUAACAAUGCCAACAACAAUAACAGCAACAUCAACAGCACAAGCAUCAACAAUAACAGCAAUGCGACGCCUCACAUCAGCAACAACAACAGCAACAGCAACAAUGCUCAGCAGAUGGGCGAGACCAAAGUGAAUUUGGCACAGGCCAUAGUUCAAAAGCAGCAGCAACAACAGCUGCAACAACAACAGCAGCAGCAGCAACAAUUGUUGCAGCAACAGCAAUACCAAAUGUACUUGCAACAGCAGCAGCAACAACAGCAGCAGCAGCAGCAACUGGAGCCUGUCAAUGGUCUGCUUAAGCGUAGCUCUAAUUAUGUGAGCCUUAAAGGCGCUGCCACGCCCCUGGCAACGCCUAAUGCUAAGCUGCAACAGUUGCCGCCGCCGCCAUCGCCGUUGCCAUUGCAAACGUUGCAAUAUCGUCAGGAUCCAGCGACGCCAGUGCCCAAAUUGGAGCAGCAGCAGCAACAAACGACAUCGAAUCAUGUGCAACCUCUUAAUUUAUCCGCGAAACCAAAGCCAGUGUUGCCGCAAAAAGCGACAGCAGCAACAGCAACAAGUGUUGCUGCCACGUCAGUGCCAAAGAGCACAACAACAACAAUGCAACAGCCAAACAAUUCAAUCAUUAAGAAUCUAUUGCUGAAUGCACGCGGCUUGGCUGUGCCCAUUGGCGAGGGCGAUGAUGCCGUCUAUUCGUGUCCCAUCUGUGCCAAUGAGUUUCGCAGUGCGGAUGAGUUGAAGUUGCAUAACAGCACCUACUGCCAGGAUGCCAGCAGCAGUGCGCCAAUGAGUCCAGCCUCAUCGCCGAGCAGCAAAUACUUUCGCUCCAAUUCCAUAUCGUUCAGUUUGCCCGAACUGAAGACGCACAUGGCCAAUUCAAAGAAUCCAUUGUCCUUGGCCAAGUUGGCCUGGUCGCAGCUAAAGACGAAACCGAGCAGCCUAGUGUUGAGUCGUCUCAGUGCGUCACAAUCGCCGGCGCGCACAUCCACGGUCACCUCAACCAGCAACAGCAGCAACAACAACAGCAGCAGCAACAACAGUAGCAACAACAACAAUUGCAGCACUAUCAGCAGCAGCAAUAACUUGCCUGUUGUCACGCCUGCAAUUUUGCCGCCCAGCAUUGAUGCCGCUAACGUUGCACUGCGUUUUGUGGAUGCACCUUUACCCUCACCGGGUCCGCUCUUGGGCAAAACGCCGCUUGUGGAUUAUGCGGCACCGCGCAAGACGCAGGACACCCAAGUGGUGAUAACAAAAAUGCACGAGGAUCGUCUAGAGAACAUUAUCAUUGAGACGCCGGCCAAGCGUGUGAAACUGGCCAACGACAGCGGAAGCAGCAACAGCGGAAGCGGAAGUGGAAGCGGAAGCCUCAGCUCGACAAGCUCCGCCUUUGCCUUGCCAGCGGCGGUGCAGUUGAUCUUUGGCAGCAAUCAGGAGCAACUGCAGUCGUCGGGCAGCAGUUAUAGCGCCAAGGAGGAGCGACUGCGUCGCUUUACCUCCUCUGGCGGCAGCAUGAUACCCAUCUCCGAGUGUCCUGAGCUCAACAAAAGUCCCAAAAUGAUACGCACUCCUUUGCUGUCCGGCGGCAGUUUUCAGGAGAUGUCGCCACGUCCCAGCGACUCAAAGGAGCGUAAAUUAUCCACGCCUAAUAAUGGAUUCCUGUUAAGCUCCUCCUCCUCCUCCACAACGCCACAACAUUUUCAAUUUCCGCCCAUCAAUUCCAUAACUGCCUUCAAUCCGUUGACAUUGCCGCCCAUGAGCAACAACAACAACAACAACAGUGUUGGUGAAGCCAGCAAGGCAAUACCCUAUGUGCCGGGCAUACCGGGACCGGGUAGCUUGUCAUUGUUGCCGCCACCACAGCAACUGCAGCUGCCGCCGGCAGCAACACGUGGACGCAGUCCCAAUCGCAAGCAGCCAAGUCCCAAUCUGUUGCUGGAAGCGCCGCUCAAGGCAUUGUCACCAUUUGGUGGAGUACAAAAUGUGCCCAGCGAAUUCAGUCGACAGCCGCCGACUCCAGCACAACGUAAUGCACUUCAAUGGAACAGCAGCAACAAGGCAGCAGCAGGAACAGGUGGAUCUUCAGCAGGAACAGUUGGAGCAACAGCUGCAAUUGGACUGGACUUGAAUAAGAAGCAACCGUUUAAUUUCCUGCGCAUGGCAGACAACGUCAAGAGCUGCUCCACCUCGGAGCUCACUGUGCCCGAGGUGCGACACUUUAAUUUCGAUAAUGUGCAUAAAACGCAGGAGGCGCUGGCGCCGCUGCACGUGGACACGCCGGAGGAGUCGAUCAACAAUACAACGGCAACAUCAGCAACAGCCACAACAAUAAUAACAACUGCAACCAGUGCCAAAUCGAAAUUCCUGCGUCCCACCAGUCUGCCCCUUAAGCCGGGCACUUUUACGCCCAAGCGUCAUCAUGGAAUCACGCCCACGGCAAAUACGUUGCCACUGAUCUCACCGGAAACACCGCGUCCCUCGAAAUCAUGCGUGCAGUUGUAUUUGAAUGGUCAUGCCUACACUUAUCUGGGUCUCAAGUGCAGCACCAAGAUGUUCUACUGUACAGUGAACUGUCCGCAGCCAUCGUAUGUCGCUGGCAUGCACAAGCUGUCCAUGUACAGUGUGUGGCAAGUGUGCGAGGAGAAUCAACCGCAUCCGUUGGGUUUCAAGCCCAAGCAAGUGAUGGCUUUAUAUGAUUCCAGGCAAAAGAUGCUUGGUAGUGGUUCCUUUACGGCCAUGGCCGGACAGGGCAAGAUGUCCUACUCUGUGGUUAGUUCACAGCAAACUGUGAGCACCUGUUCCACCAUCGCCAAUGGACAGAACAAGUUCUAUCAGCAUCAGCUGAAGCAACCGCCAGCAAUUGCAACAUUGAGUGAGGCAAAUGUGGCAGCCAAGGCAGCGAAUGAUGAGGCAGCAGCCAAGAAAUUGGAGUCGGGGCAACUACUAGUCGGUGGCUAUGAGUCGCAUGAGGAUUACACCUACAUACGGGGACGUGGACGCGGCCGUUAUGUGUGCUCCGAGUGUGGCAUACGUUGCAAGAAGCCAUCUAUGCUCAAGAAGCACAUACGCACGCACACGGAUGUGCGUCCCUUCACCUGCAGUCACUGCAACUUUAGCUUCAAAACGAAGGGCAAUCUCACCAAGCACAUGCAAUCAAAGACGCACUUCAAGAAGUGCAUAGAGCUGGGCAUCAAUCCUGGCCCCAUGCCGGCAGAUGGUGAAUUCCUCGAUGUCGAUGUGGAAUUCGAUCAGCAAUCUUCAACUUCGGCCGGCGGACGCACUUCCUCCAUGGCAGGCGAAUCCGACUCCGAUGACUACAGCGACAAUGACUCCGAGAGCAGCGACACGGAUGAGUCCAAGUCACGCCUAAAGGAGCACGAAGCAGCACGUGGCCUGCUCUCGUUGUCCAUGACACCGCCCAUACCGCAGAGUGUUUCUCCCUUUCCCUCCCAGCUGCAGGAUACUCCACUGCCGGCUGCCAGUCCGGCGAAUAGCAUUGGCUCCUCCGCUGGCAGCAGCAGUGCAGCGGGCAGCUCGCAACCCAAGCGUCUGGUUUGUUCAUUUACAUCACCAAAGCCGCCGUUUGAUUACCAGAAGCAAGAACAGUAUUACUCCAAUCCGGAGGAAUCCAAGCCGAAGCGUGGCGUGCCCAACGAUGAGAGCAGUGCUCCCAUGGAUCUGACCAAGCCACGGUCCUCAGCUGGCCAAUUGCCAGCCUCAUCAGCUGGAAGCUCGCCGAUUGAACAGCUGCUGCCCAAAUCCCAGGCCCAACAGAUGCGCGAUGUCAUCUUUGGCACCGGGAAUAAUGAAUCUGGCUUCAUGAAGACACUCAUCUCGGUGUCCGACAAGGUGCGCAUCUCAGCGGAAAUGGAGGAGCAGGCAAAGCGCGAAACUGAAGGAGAUGAUGUCCUCCUGCAGACCUACAUCAAGGAGCAGGCAUUGCAAUAUGCCAAAAUGAAGCAGAGUCAGUUCAGUCGCAGUUACCUGGUCACAAGCACCAGCAGCAGCUCUUCAGCCACUCCAAUUGUGAGCAGCAGUCUCCAUGUGUUGAACAAACAGCCAAUGAUUAUCACAGAGCUGCCGAGCAUUGAGGUGCAUGAGGUGAAGACACCGGAGCCGGUUGCCAUUGUCGAAGCCACGCCAACAGCAGUCGAGGAGAUGGACGAAGUCGAAGCAGGAGCAGGUGCGGGUGCAGGUGCAACUGUGGAGCAGGAGCAGACAACGCCCGUUGCUGUCAGCGUAGCUGUCUCCGUUCCUGUUGCCGUCUCCAUAUCGAGCACAAAGCAGCUGCCUCACAAUGCCAAUUUACCGGCUGCAGUGCAGCAACCAGAUGCCACCGAUUUCAGUGGUGUGCUCAGCAACAGCAACAGCAACAACAAUGCUGCAACAACAACAACAACUCCUGCCGCACGCACUGUUAUCGUUGGCGAGGAAGUCUUCAAGACAACUCCAACGAGUGCCGCCUCCGAGGUGACUGCUCCAGUUUCCGUUGCCUCCACAAGUUAUCCUGGUCGCGUUGUGCCACCACCGCCACCGCCAAUUGCCGGCGAUGCGCGUCCCACGUGCAGCAUCUGCAACAAGACGUUCCAGCGGCAACAUCAGCUAACGCUGCACAUGAACAUCCACUACAUGGAGCGCAAGUUCAAGUGCGAACCUUGCAGCAUCUCGUUUCGCACGCAGGGACAUCUCCAGAAGCACGAACGCUCCGAGGCGCACAAGAACAAGGUGAUGAUGACGUCGACAUUUGGUGUGCCAACCACAUCGAAUCCACGUCCAUUUGAGUGCACCGACUGCAAGAUUGCCUUUCGCAUCCACGGCCAUCUGGCGAAGCAUUUGCGCUCUAAGACGCAUGUGCAGAAGCUCGAGUGUCUGCAGAAGCUACCAUUUGGCACCUAUGCAGAGAUUGAGCGCGCCGGGAUCAGUCUGACUGAGAUCGAUACCAGUGACUGUGAGAAUUCGCUGAUAUCACUCAAGUUGCUGGCCCAGAAGCUGCUCGAGAAGGAUCCCAAUAAGCUAAGUGGUUAUACCACGCCAUCGGGCAUGAUGCAACUGGGAUCGGAUACACCGGCAGCUGGGCAGGACAGCGCCUCCGAGGAUGGCUUCAGUGCGGCGAAUAGUGCAGCUGCCUCGGCAAUUGCAUCGCUGGAUAACGACAGUGCGGGCAACACGCCACAACGUGCCAGCUCCAUGUCCGAGGAUGAAACACUGGCCAACGGACUCAGUCAGAGUCACAGCCUGAAGCGUCGUCUGCCCGGCAGCAGCUUCAGCAGCAACGGCGACGAGAGCGACAAUCCGCUGGAGGGCAGCGAGAAGCGGGCGAGAAGCAACACCAAUGAGCAACUUACUCACCCAUUGGCGGCAUCCACAGCAACAGCGAGCAACUGACACUACAUGUACAUGCUGCAGCCCACCUGAGUGUGGUCCUAUCCCUAUCACAACUAUGCCUGGCCACCAAUCCAACAGGAUGUACAGCAACAACAAUACAGAGCUGGAAGCGGCAAUGACCAAAACAACAACGAGCGCAUAUCAAAUGUCUAAGCAUAUCGCAUUUGGGCACACAACACACUACACACACACACACACACACACAUAGAGAGAGAGAGAGACAAGCUUGAAGAAUUUAAAUGAAUUCAAUUGUUUGCCUUGCCACAAUUAGAAGCAAGUUUAAGCCUCACUUGAAGCUAGUUUCAUUGAUGUAUGUGCGUGUGUGUGGACAAGUCAAGCAUAUGUACGAUCUACAUAUAUAUAUUAUAUAUACUAUUUAUAUAUAUAAAGCAACUACAAUUUGCAACCUAAGUAUUUAGUUUAGUUAGUUAUUGUCAACUCACAACUAUAAAAGUUAGUUGUUCAACUCUUAAAUAUAUACACAUCUGUACAGCAGGUACCAUGUACGCUAGCCCUAAUUAUAAGUAAUCUAUAUAUAUAUAUAUAUACAAGCACACAAAAAAUAUAUAUAAACAUAUUUAAUUUCUUUUUCGAAAUACUAACAAUUAUAAAAACAAAAAAAAAAACAAAACUCCUGAAGCGCUGUGAGUCGUAACAAAAUAUAAUACUGUUUUUGUGUGUAUAAUUAGUGUAUAAUUAAUUAAGGCCUAGCCCACCAUUUUUCCCAGCUCAGCCACGCCUCCUUUCCUUGGCCAGCCCUAAUAUUUUCCAAGCUAAUCACGUAGUUCUUCCCUAAUUUGAAGUUUGUUAUAGCCAAAAAAAAAAAAAAA